UUAUUAGAACGUGAUCCGACAUACACAAGGGAGAUAUGGGCAUGGUUUGGCACAGGGUUAUUAGUCAUCCUCCUACGGACCGGAGUCAGAAUCCGACUAGUCGGGUUCAAGGGGUUCGAAGGCGAUGACUACGUGACGAUACUGACGUUGGCCAUGUUUACAAUGGAUGCGGUGCUAGUGGAUAUCCUUUAUUGGACGGGAACAAAUGUUGAUGUAGCAACAGGUGCGAUAAGCAGUCUGUCAGAUUCGGUGGUUCGUGAACUAGAGUAUGGAUCGAAAGUACAGCUCGCCGCAUGGUAUAGCUACACCGCGCUCCUCUGGUCUAUAAAGGUGAGCCACCUCUUCUUCAAGACAACUAGUUGCGAGCAUCGAGUACUUAGAUACUUGGCCUUGUUUACUGCGUCAUCCUACGUGGCUGUUAUCCUCACGAUCUCGCUUGGCUGCCAUCCAUACUCUCAUAACUGGCAAGUAAGGCCUACCCCAGGCCCAGAGUGCACCUUUAAGAAACAAAACUUCAUUGUGACGACUGCUCUUAACGUCGUUACCAAUGCAGCCAUUCUAUGCAUUCCGCUGCCGAUGCUUCAGAAGCUACAUGCGCCUCGGUACAAAAAGAUUCUCAUCGCCAUGCUUCUCAGCUCCGGCCUAUUCGUAAUAACAGCCGCCUUACUCCGCGCCGCAUUCACUCUCGGUACUGCGCCAUCGAGCAUCACCAUCAACCGAUGGGGUGUGCGAGAGACGAUAAUCGGCAUUCUUGCGAUCAAUGCCCCAAUUUUACGAGCAAUAUUCCGGAAAAACUUCUGG